AUGGAAUUUGCCGAAGGCUGCCCAUGUCGUGUUACCACCAAACGUGGAUCUUGUGGCGAAUACCUCGCCACCCAUAAAGUUUCUGAGAUACUCCGGAUUAUGCUCUCUCCUAUCGAUACGGAACCACUAGAUGUGAAUGGUAACGAGGUGAAACAUACGGGCCAUCCUGGACUCAAAGGAUAUGCAAACAUAAUGCGCUCCUCGGCUACACAAGUGGGUUGCGCUUGGGCGGACUGUGGAACAUAUGGAUACUUCUCAUACCGUAUUACUGAUGAAGAAGACCUUGACGAAAACACCAAUAUCUACGAGGCUGGGUACGGUGGUUGCCAUUGCGACAGUGGUGUUUGCGAUGAUCCCGGCUUGUGCGUAAAACCCAUUUUACCAACUGAAUCGACGACAACGCCAACAACGCUGGUGACGACCACUGCCGCGGUCAUGAUAACCGCAGCUACAAUAGCAACUAAAAAAGAAGCAUUUACCACUCCUCUAGCAGCGACGACAGCACGUUCUAAUGCAAUCUUCCCUCAUCCAAGUCAUAGUGGUACGUUGUAG